GAUUUGCGAUGUUGCCUUCUGAGCAGAGGGAUCGAAUCCUGACAGUGAUCUCAAAUUUUUGUUCCUGAGUCAUGAUUUGUUCAAUAUUUCGGUAUUUUGAACGUUUUUUUAUUUCAAUCCCCAGGAAUAAUUGUUGUGUAUAGCCCGAAAAUAUAUUAUGUUGACGUAGAAGGAGAAACACGAAACUUCGGUCGGAAAUACGAACGACGUGCGAUGUAUAGAAUGAACCCCUAAGAUACAUUGCAUAUAAUCCAGUUUAUAUUGAAUUGUCUUAUUAGUAUGCCAAAGACCCAGUGAGAUACUGGAGGCGGCGAGACCAAAUAAAAAAUAUAGUUUAAAAUAGGUUGUGUUACGGUUGAUAGAUUUCGAUGUUAAAUCAUGAGAUGUGAUUUAAUUAUUUUUAUUUAAAUCAACACUACUUUAAGAUAGGAAAUUUAGGUGUAAUCUGGAAGUGAUUAAGGAAAAUAACGUUAUUAAUAGUGAUCCAAUUAACAAAAUGGAGAUGUUUAAAGUUGCAUUAGUUACUGGGCUGAUGAUUACAAGAUCUUGUGUAUCCGAGGAAAGAAUGGUUCAAAAUAAGGUGCCAGAAAUAAUAAAAUCAGAUCAUUUAAAUAACGAUCUAUUGACUAUAAAUAAUAAUACAAUAACCACAACCACACAAAGCUCUAUACUUACCCAAAUUCCUACAAUGAAAGAGCCAAAACAAGAAUUAGGAACCAUAGCCACCAAAGCUACUUCCACCGAAUCUACAAUAUCAAAUUUACCAGCCGAAUAUAAUUUUAAACCAGAACAGUCAAAUGACAGUGAUAUAUCGCCAAAUGAAGAAGAUCUUAAAAAGUAUAUCGACGAAAUAUUUGGGAAUUCUUCCUUGAAAUCAGCUUCCUCAUCAACAACGGCGGUGACACUUGAAACAACCACACAGGCACAGGAAUUUCCUGCGAAUACUAAUAAUGCAUCGAUGGAUAGCUCAAUGAUUUCUAAUGCCUUUAGAAUAGGAGAAAAGCCACAAGAAGGUCAAUCGAAAAAAAAUGAUUUCAAAUUUAUCAUCAUAGAUUGGGAUAAAGAAAUUGAUGACAGUAUCACGGAUUCAUAUCAGAGAAGCUUGGCCUAUAAACCUCAAUUUCGUUCUACAGUUUACGGCGACGAAGACGAGUCUGAAGAGACAGAAAGCACAACAGAAAAAGGCAGUAUUAUUAUACCCUACCCUUUCGAUGAAGUUGACCCUCCUAUUGACAUUAACGACCCUACACUACAAAUUCGUAAUCGAAACACAACACCCCGGGAUCUUGAUGAAACCACCACAGAAAAAGAUGAAAGCGACGAUGAUGAUCUACCACGAUCUUGUUACUACGGCGGGCCGAAGUUUCCGUACCCUGAGCCUACGAUUGACAGGACUGGUCGAAGACUUGCAGACAUAAAAUGCGAGGAGCAAAUGUGGCAGAUAAAGUACAGAAUUCAUGAUGCUAAAAUACACAAAGACAUAUGUUUAAAAGAUAUGGCCGAAUCAGGCGUUUUUGGUGGUACAAAAAGCGAGAUAGGAGCUUUUCCUCAUAUGGGUGCUAUAGGCUGGUUUACAGCAACCAAGAGACCGCUGUUUUUCUGUGGAACCUCUUUGAUCACACCCAUGUAUUCCAUAACUGCUGCUCACUGCAGCUUUUUAGCUUUUCGUGGUGAUUAUGGAGUUGAAGAUCCAAAUCCGAAAAUUGUGCGAUUUGGCAUUGUGGACCUGUAUGACGUCACCUCGAUUCAAAGAAACAUAAAAGAAAUUCUAACACCAAAAGAGUUUACCCCUCCAAUCAAGUAUAACGACAUAGCACUCAUAUGGUUCAAUGAGAAAAUAGAGUUUUCAAAGUAUAUCCAACCGGCUUGUCUUUGGCAUACAUCUAUGGAUGAAUUAAAAAUAGCAAAUGUUACGGGCUGGGGUCAAACAGAAUCAGCUUCAUCUUCGUCGACCAUGAAGUAUGCAGAAGUAGAUUUAUUUGGUGACAGUAUGUGUAAUGAAACAUUGGCAGGUCGUACAGGCAGAAAUUUAAAAAAGGGUCUCAUACAUAGUCAGUUCUGCGCUGGGAAAAUAGCCGGUGGAGUAGAUACAUGUCAGGGUGAUUCCGGAGGUGCUCUUCAAGUAUGGCGGCCGUUCCCUCACAAUGAUAGCGUCACAGUACAUUACGUUGUGGGUAUCACAAGUUUUGGCUUCGGUUGUGCCAAACUACCGGGUAUUUACACAAAGGUGAACCAAUAUCUGUGCUGGUUAGAAAAGAACAUUUGGCCGGAUGAAAUAAACACUCAUUGUCCUUAGUUUAGUAUUGAUAUGUGUAAAAUAAUAAUCGAAAUAAACAAGUGAAAACAGU